AGAGUUCCCAUUGCUGCCCUUUCAGAGAAAAUGGCUUAGUUUGGAAUUAAUUAAUAAUUAAUAAGAUGUUAAUAUUGUUGGUUUUAAGUUGUCUCUGAGGAAUAACAUGUUGAAUGUAAAAUAACAUGAGAGGAGGAAAAUAAAUGAGGUUCAGUCUUUGUAGUGCUUUGCCCAAUAUCUGACUAUAGGCCUUGCAUUUAUAGAUGUUAAAUAAACAUAUCUGGGGAAGCUAAAAAUCUUGAAAGUUAAAUUAAAAAAAACGGGUCUACAGUAUUGCAUGUUUGCAGCCAGUGAACCAGUUUGUGUCAUUUUAGGAGAAAAUUUAUUGACAACAUUUAAAAACUAGGAACUGUUUAUCUAAACAGUCUAAAUUUUUGUCUUCCUUUGAAAAUUUAAAGUUAGGACCUAUAUGGUGACAGACGAUUGAGACUGAGUAAUGACUGUUCUCCUCAGGUAGGAAAUUACAUACUUCCUAGUUGACCAUUUUCUCUUUGUUACCUCUCAGCCAGCAAGACUGAAUGUCCUUUGAAAUUUGUCAUCACCUCUAAUUGUUGUUCUUUUCUUGUACUCUUAUCUCUAUGGAAAGCAGAAAACAGGAGAUAGGUUAGGAAAAAUGGGAGAAAGCAGUGUGUGAGUGUGUUUAUAAAGGAAGAAAUUUAUUAUAGAUUUAAUAUGAAAAUGAAGCAUGACUAAAUCUGAAGAAACUCACAAGGUGCUGCUAACCCACUUUCUCCUGUUUCCUCUAAGCAUCUGAGUUUUUGAUGGUGGUUCUAUAACAAGGAGAGGACUUCUUUGUUAAAGAGUCAGUGGUGUGGCAUGUUGACCUAUAACAGACUUCCAGACAUUUCUUGAGCAAAGGUGGGUUUAUUCGGGAUCUGCGAAAAAGAGCAGUUCGGGGUCUGCAACCAUGGGGAGUCAGAUGCUAAUCCCCACAAGCUCAGGAAAGAGAACACUUAAUACAGCAGGGCAGAGGAAGGUGGGAGGCUACAGUAAGCAAAGUGUCCACGGCUUUCCACUGGCUGAGUCCUCGCCAGGAAAGGAGAGGAAUCAGUCUUCUUCCUGUUGGGCUUUGCAGUUACUACAGGGUGAGGUCCCCCUUCUGGUCUCCCAACUCUAUUUAAUUGAAGUUUCUGUUUAUUAAUUUUCACAGUUAUUUUUUCAAAGCAUAAAUACUGUUUUAGGCCUGGCUCUAAUUAAAUCUUUCUACACUGAUAUUGGUGAGACUAUUACUGUUUUUUGAGUUCUUUAACCAUGGAAACAGAAACAUAUAGACGUGCUGAAAUAAAGAUAUAGGAUUUCUUAGAAGGAUACAACACCAGAGUGUCUGGGCCAUAUCCAUUUCUUGUAGGGCUCCCAUUGUCUGCUGUCUUUUCUCUGAUUUACGUUGGUUUUCCCCAUACUUGUCAAUCUACUCAUGGUUUUUCUUUUUCUAUCAUGUCAACUUGCCUUGCCUUAAUGCCGAUGCAGGUCCUUACAUUUGUUGCUCUUUCAGUUUAGUUCAAGCACACACCACCAUUUUUGUGAUCUAAUUCCAGAUUCCCUGGGCAGAGAAGCGGAUGACCCAAUAUAGGUCAGUUGUGGUAUAGAACACAGGGUUGAUUCGAUCAAAGACUGCAGUUCGGACAUUUCCUUUAAAAGGGAAGUGUGAGUUGGGAAUCAAUGACGUCUGUUAUUCUGACCACUUGAUUAAAGUAGAGUAGUGAAGUCCUUCGUUUUAAUUGUUUUGGGGUUAAGUAUUGACUAGAGAAAAUGGAUGAUCAAUUAAGCAAGUCAGAGUAGGCUACUCAGUAGUUGAGAUCUGUGGUCAUCUAAGGAAAACAGAAAGGGGAUGAAUGAGAUCUUAGAAGCAGCAGCAGGAGAAUCUGGUUAAGAUUUGGAUUAUCAGGAAGUACUUAGUACUACUCAUUGCUUUAAAACUUUUCAUUCACCAUAUGGAAGUGGGAUAUUCCAAGGAGCCAUUACAUACUGAACAUUCCCUAUUUGCUGGGCUUCAUUUUAAAUUCUUUCUGAACUUCCCUGGUGGUUUGGUGGUUAACGUUCUGCACACCAGUGCAGGAAGCACAGGUUCGAUCCCUGAUCGGAGAACGAAGAUCUACAGGCCACACAGCGCGGCCUGAAAAAAAAAAAGAUUCUUUACCUCUGUCACUUCUAAUCAUAAGAACCUUGCAAAGGUUAGCUGUGUUUUGUGGGUGAAGAGCUAGUCUGUGAGGUUUAGUGGUUUGUCCAAGGUUAGUAAGUGAAUGACUACCUUGGAACUAUGCACAUGAUACUAUACAGAGGAAGAACAGAGGUCCUUGCUUGUUGGAUAUCUUGGAGUAGACUGACUGACUAAUCAUGAAGUUGGGAACUGUAGACUGAAUAUUUGUGUCCUCCCCAAAGUCAUACAUUGUAACCUGAUGGGCAAUGAGAGGGUUUUAGGAGGUGGGGGCCUUUGGCUGGGGCCUGGGUCAGAGUGAGAGGAGCCCUCCUGAGUGGGAUUUAGUGCCCUUAUAAAAGAGACUCCAAAGAGCUGCCUCACCCCUUCCACCAUGGGAAGACACCACAAGAAGAUGCGCACUGUGAACCAGGAAGUGGGCCCUCAUCAGCCACCAUACCAAAUUGGCCAGCAUCAUGACCUUGGACUCUCCAGCCUCCAGACCGUGAGAAAUAAAUGUUUCUAAGCCGCCAGUCUCAGCUGAUCCUAUUAAGAUACUAAUGCCAUCACUGUCUCCUACAAUGGAAGAAGGGAACAUUGUGAAAUGGCUGAAAAAGGAGGGGGAAGCCGUGAGUGCUGGAGAUGCCUUAUGUGAGAUAGAGACUGACAAAGCUGUGGUUACCCUAGAUGCGAGCGAUGAUGGCAUCUUGGCCAGAAUAGUGGUGGCAGAAGGAUCUAAAAAUAUACGGUUGGGUUCACUGAUUGGUUUGCUAGUUGAAGAAGGAGAAGAUUGGAAACAUGUUGAAAUUCCUAAAGAUAUAGGUCCUCCACCACCAGCUGCAAAACCAUCAGUGCCUCCCCCCUCACCGGAACCACAGAUUUCUACCCCUGUCAAGAAGGAACACGCACCAGGAAAACUGCAGUUCCGUUUAAGUCCAGCUGCCCGAAAUAUUCUGGAAAAGCACGCGCUGGAUGCUAACCAGGGCACAGCCACUGGCCCUCGAGGGAUAUUCACUAAAGAGGAUGCUCUCAAACUGGUCCAGUUGAAACAGACGGGCAAGAUCACUGAACCCAGACCCACCCCAGCCCUGCCAACCACUCCCACAGCGCCUUUGCCCCCACAGGCUGCAGCCACUCCAUCUUAUCCCCGGCCAAUGAUCCCUCCUGUAUCCACUCCCGGACAACCUAAUGUAGAGGGCACAUUCACUGAAAUCCCAGCUAGCAACAUUAGAAGGGUUAUUGCCAAGAGAUUAACUGAAUCUAAAAGUACUAUACCUCAUGCAUAUGCUACUACUGACUGUGACCUUGGAGCUGUCCUAAAAGCUAGACAAAAUCUGGUCAAAGAUGACAUUAAAGUAUCAGUAAACGAUUUUAUUAUCAAGGCAGCAGCUGUUACACUUAAACAAAUGCCUAGUGUUAAUGCAAGCUGGGAUGGAGAGGGUGCAAAGCAACUGCCCUGUAUUGACAUUUCGGUGGCUGUGGCAACAGAUAGAGGUCUGAUUACGCCAGUCAUAAAAGAUGCUGCUGCUAAGGGUCUACAGGAGAUUGCUGACUCUGUAAAGGCUCUAUCAAAGAAAGCCAGAGAUGGAAAAUUGUUACCUGAAGAAUAUCAAGGAGGAUCUUUUAGUAUUUCCAACUUGGGGAUGUUUGGCAUCGAUGAGUUUACUGCCGUGAUCAACCCUCCUCAGGCCUGCAUUUUGGCUGUAGGGAGAUUCCGACCUGUGCUGAAGCUCACUCAGGAUGAAGAGGGGAAUGCCCAGCUGCAGCAGCGUCAGCUCAUAACGGUCACCAUGUCCAGUGACAGCCGGGUGGUCGACGACGAACUGGCCACCAGGUUUCUGGAAAGUUUUAAAGCAAACCUGGAGAAUCCUCUCCGACUUGCCUGAUCCUCAAAGAUAAGAAGUUGGUCUUUGGCUUAGUUAAUUGUAUUGCUGUUACUGAGAAACAUACACUAUAGGAAAACAAUUAGGUAUUUAAGUAUGAAGUGGAUGAAAUGUAUAUUUAUUUAAGGCGAAGGAGUUUGACCUGAGUUGUCUUCAUUUUCAUUCGGGUUUGAUGUUAUGGAAGUAAAUAACAAACUGUAACUAAUAGAAGGAUGAAAACAUGUGGUUAGUCACAUGCAUUUUUAGUUUAACCACUGGUGCUCUACUAAAGGGAUGUUAAACUAGAUGUAAAUUAAAUUAGAUGUUUGGCUCAGUGGAGCAUUUUAGGAUAUUUGAGGAUGUAUGAUAAACUGUAAAAUAAAAAAAUUUUAGAACUCUACCUUAACUGUGUUGGAAUUAGAAGUGGUCUUCAAAGAGAUACCCAUUAUUGUAGCAGUGGGACCUCACUUUUACAAGCACUGCUCUAGAUAUACUUGAACAAUUUAAUAUGUACAGAACUUUAUUCUGGAUACUAGUAAAUAAAUAAGAAUCACACUGUAUUAGGGGUUGUGGCAACAUUAUUGAAUUUUUUAUGUAUAUAAAGCCAUAUGUUUUAAAGUGGUUUUUAUCCAUCUUAUUUUACACUUCCAUGACACUGUGAACUUAAGAAGAAUUUUUUUAAAAAUUAAAGAUGAAGAAAGAGACCAAAAUAUUUGUUUUGAUAAUGAAUUAUAGUUAAAAUAUCUAAAACUUCAGAAAUAAACUGCUCGCUCACCUUCGUACUGAGUUGGAAUAUAUUAAAAUAAGUCAUGUGAUUUCCUGCCAAACAUUUUAA